AUGCUCUCCAGCAGCAGCCCUCUCGCCUGCCGCAGCAGCAGCGCAAGCAGCAGCAGCAGCAGCAGCAGCAGCAGCAGCAACGGACUGGCUGCUGCGCAAGCAGCAGCAGCAGCAGCAGCAACAGCAGCAACGUUGGCGACAGCGACAGCAGCAGCAGCAACAGCAGCAGCAACAGCAGCAGCAGAAGAGGCUGCCGCAGCACCAACGGCGGCUGCAGUGGGCCUAAGCAACGGCCCCAGCAGCUGCGAAGGCGCGCAGCAAGAGAAGCCGGGAUGGAUAAACAGCAGCAACAGCAGCAGCAGCAACAGCAGCAGCAGCCGUAGUGGCAGCAGCGGCACGAACAACAAUAGCAGAAACAGCAGCAGCAAAUGCUGCCGCAACAACAGCAACAGCAGCAAGAGCAGCCAGGAACGACAGGAACAACAGCAAGGGCAGUCAGCAGCACGAGAAGCAGCAGCAGGCGCAGGCAGCAACAGCGGCAGCAGCAAGAACAGCCAGCAACAACAGCAGCAACGGCAGCCAGCAACAGCAGCAACAGCAGCCAGCAAAAACACAAGCAGCAGCACGAGCAGCCUGCAGCAACAGCAGCGGCAGCGAGCACAGGCAGCAACAAAGGCAACAGCAGCAACAGCAGCCAGCACCAACAGCAGCCAGCAACAACAGCCACCACAACAAAAGCAGCAGCAGCACCAGCAGCAGCAGCCGCAGCAGCAGCAACAGCCACUGCAACAAAAGCAGCAGCAGCACCAGCAGCAGCAGCCGCAGCAGCAGCAACAACAGCCACCGCAACAAAAGCAGCAGCAGCACCAGCAGCAGCAGCCGCAGCAACAGCCACCGCAACAAAAGCAGCAGCAGCAGCAGCAGCAGCAGCAGCAGACCCUGUUUUCAGCCUGCGUCUUGAGCUGCUUGCGCAGCAGCAAAAACGCCUCCGUAGUUGCUUCUGGGAGAGGCAGCAAACAGCGAUUUUCGACUAAGUCCGAUUCCCUUAGAGCUUCUUGGCCCAGAACUCGGACUCGCUGCAGCAGCAAAUUGCAAAUGAGAAUUAAUUAA